AGCACAGCCGUCCUCGUGAGUCUCGGCAGCGAGAUGGAGAUGGAGCACUUCGACGAUCGGGACAAAGGUCAGCGACACGGGCGGUCCAGCGCCAGGAUGAACGGGGUGCCCAGCCCCACGCACAGCGCCCACUGCAGCCUGUACCGGACCCGGACCCUCAAGACGCUGACCGCCGAGAAGAGAGCCAAGAAGGUUCGUUUCUACCGCAACGGCGACCGGUACUUCAACGGGAUCGUGUAUGCCAUCUCCACAGACCGGUUCCGGACUUUUGACGCCCUGCUGGCUGACCUGACCCGCUCCCUGUCCGACAACGUCAACCUGCCCCAGGGGGUGCGCACCAUCUACACCCUGGACGGCAAGAAGAUCACCACUAUUGACCAGCUGGUUGAAGGUGACAGCUAUGUGUGCAGCUCUGCUGAAGCCUACAAAAAGCUGGAUUACACAAAGAAUGUAAACCCCAACUGGUCAGUCAACGUGAAGGCCUCGGCGUCCUCCUCCCGGGGUCCCGCCUCUUUGGGUUGCACCAAGACUGGGUUUGCAGAUGGCCGCGAAAGCAAGGAGUUCAUCCGUCCCAAGCUUGUGACAGUGGUACGGAGUGGAGUAAAACCUCGCAGGGCCGUGAGGAUCCUGCUAAACAAGAAAACAGCUCAUUCCUACGAACAAGUCUUGACCGACAUCACCGAUGCCAUCAAGCUGGACUCCGGGGUGGUGAAGAAGAUCUACACACUGGAGGGCAAACUGGUAAGACAUUUAUGUCCAAACAGCCUGACUUAA